AUGGAUCCCAACAAUAACCGUUUUAACACUCAAAACUCAGCAAAUUACCCUUUCAACUUCCAAAAUCCCAACAACUACAUAAUUCAAAAUGAAUCUUCCAACCAACGAGAUCCCCAAAAUAUACCAAGUUAUGGAUUUUCUCCAAAUUUUAUCAUGCUGUCAUCUAAUCCAAAUUAUAGUCAACAUUAUGGAUCAAUAAUGUCUUAUUCAUCUCAAGCACCCCCUUAUUAUUCUUCUACUCCAAUGGGAAAUGAAAAUGUUCCAAAUGUUGGACUUGAUGAAUUUCCUGAAUUUUCUACACAAAUGGGUCUUGGUGAAGUCACUCCAAAUGUUCCGAGCGGUCGUCAUGAAGCCACUCCAAAUGUUCCGAGCGGUCGUCAUGAAGCCACUCCAAAUGCAAAUGAUUCAGCUCCUACUCGCCGGAAAAACACUAAUUGGACAACUCUGCAAAAUUUGGUUCUAAUUAGUGGGUGGAUUAGAUAUGGAACAAGCAGUGUUGUUGGGAGAAACCAAAAAAGUGAGGCAUAUUGGGGUAAAAUUGCUGAAUAUUGUAAUCAGUAUUGCUUAUUUGAUCCUCCCCGUGAUGGAACUGCGUGUAGAAAUCAUUACAACUACAUGAACAUAAUACUUAAUAAAUGGAUUGACGCUUAUGAUAACGCUAAGCGUAUGCAACAAAGCGUGUUGUCGGAAAAUGAUGUAUUGGCAAAAACGCAUGAAUUGUAUUCAAGUCAUAAGAGUGGACGUUUCAGUUUAAUGUUUCGUGAUUAA